CGGAUACUUGUUCACUAACAUUUAGGAGGUUAGAAGUAUAUAGUUCAAAGUGAACUGGUUAACAGAGACAUGGGCAAAGUGGUGGACGUUCUUAAAGCUAUUUUGACACGUCUGAUUUUCGCCGGACACGGAUUUAUAGCAAUAUGGAGAGUUACAACCAUUAAGUUGGAUCCUGCCUAUUGGUACCUGUCAAUCUCACUUCUGGUACUAGCCUUUGAGGGAAUAUUUACACUGACUAUCAAAGCUAACCAAGAAUGGAGGUGGUUUUGCCCGAGUGUUUUUCUUUAUUUGUCGAGUGUCGUGCCGUCGAUAUGGCUGCUGGAAUUUGAUAAAUUGGAUAGGAGGCUUGAGGAACGAGAAGGUCCCAACAUAUCGCUCUCCGCCCUGAACACGACAGAAGAACUGUCCGAGAUUGGAGGCGUCAAAAUCCCAUUGACGCUUUCAGCAGAGAGAUGGGCCACUGUUAUCCAACAGCUUCUGAUGCUCAUUCUCAUCAUUGGUCGAUGGUUAUUACCCAAAGGUGACCUAACUAGGGAUCAACUAUCUCAGCUGCUGCUAGUUUAUAUCGGCACUGCUGCUGACAUCAUUGAAUUUUUCGACUCUUUCAAGGAUGACAAGGUGGCCAGCAAUCGUGUAUUAUGCAUCAUCAUCUUGGCAAUCUGGUCGUGGAGUUUGCUUCAAUUCACAAUGGUGUUGACGGCCAGUCCGACUAAGAGCAAGAAAAGCAAAUUGCGCGUGAAAGAGAAGAAGCCCAAUUGUUGUCACACGGCCAAAAAUGUGUGCUGUUCAGUCGACGUCUGGUCUAUCCUUAUCAACAUAAUCCUGCAGGAUGCUCCAUUCUUUAUCUUUCGAUUGCUACUCAUUCUGCACUACAAAAUUAUCAGCGAGACCAACAUUUUCUUUACGUGCAAGAACACGUUGGUCAUUACUCUCCAGUUCUAUCGGCUCAUUGUCGUUCAAGCCGAAAAGCGUAAAGGAUUUAAGUCGAGUAAGCAAGGAGACACGGUGAUAGGAAAAAAUCAAAUCAUGUCCAGCAAUUCCAGUAAGAAACGAGGCACGUCUCCUGGAAGCGGCGCUGGUGGCAUGGAGUCCAGUAGAAACUUACGUGCCACUAAAAUCGUUAAAGUGACACCUGGUCCGGCAAGUGUCAGAGGCAAAUCGCCUAAAUCACCGAAACGGGCGGUGGCGAAAUUGGUGCGCACGGCAUCAGAAGACGAUGGAGCGGCUGUCUAUCCAGCGCAUAGUUCCGCCUUCCUGUUGCACACGGAAAAUGAAACAUCAUGGAGACAAUAUUCACGGGGAAGAAGAAGAUCUUUGUCUACUGGCGAUCUCAGUGUCACGGCCGAAAUGUCGGUUGAAAUCGAUUCUAGUCCCGACAGAUCAACGUGUUUCAGUGCCGAUUUAGGAGCAGGUUGUGAUGCCGAGGGAGGUGAUCUCAUCGAAUCUGAUUUUGAAGCUGAGAGGCUCAGCAAUCUGGAAGAAGAAGAUAACGAUAAUGAAGAGGCUCAUGAUGACGUAGAAUCGCAAAGCUCUGCGGAAUUAGAAUAUUCCAGAGAGAAAGAUGCUGGAAAACGUAGAGCAAACAACCGGUAUGGUGUGGUGGAUGAAGUGAGAUCGAAUCCAUCGUCAAGGCCAAGAGCAGGUGCCAGUCAAACGCGGCCAGUGCCCAUGCCCCGCAAGACGGCCGGAGUUGUACCGCAGCCGUCCAAUAGAUCACCAACCAAUCGCUCAGUGUCCAGCCGUUGUUCAACUAGUCAAUCGAAAGAAAAGAAACGCACAACACGUCAGGACACUGGUUAUUCCACGGGCUCAUCUGCAUCCACUCGUGAAUCGCAAGGCAACGGAAAGCGAAUUCCAGGACGUGCGAUGACGCCCAGUCGAGAAGGCCGUGAACGUGAUAGUCGAAGAGGGGCCGUUGCAGCAACACGACCGAGAGAUUUAGGACGGCCGAUACCAGGCUCUUCAAGAGGAUCUAAUCUUCAAGAACUUCACGAACUUUACGAGCUGGGCAGCCCAACGCGUGUCAGUCGAAGUUCCACUAAAUCCAACCGGCCCAGCCGCAAAUCGAACAGUGGGAGUAACGGCAGGUAGACGCGAGCCGUCGCUGGACUACGACGGCAGUUUAGCUGAUGAAGAUGGAGUGGAUGAAUUCCAAUCGGAAGGCGCUGCGAGGCAGACAUGACGCCGUUGGUUCGCCAUCAUGGUUCUCAUGCUUGUUU